AUUGGCUUUAAGACUUUUCUACCUGCGAGGGGGAGACUGACUUGGGCUCAGUUGUGCUCUGUAAAACUUUUUUUAUUUUUGCAAGAUUGAUUUCUCCAAAUAAAACGACCAAGGAAUCUUUCCGAGGGAAAAGCGUAACACAUCUAUUGGUGUGUUAUAGUAGCAGAUAAGAUGGCCGUGUCAGCCAGCAGCAGCUUGAGUAAAGCUGUCAAGCAGCAGUAUAUGGAACUCCCUCAGGGGGACAAGGUCCAGGCCAUGUAUAUUUGGAUUGAUGGCACAGGAGAGGGGCUCCGAUGCAAAACCAGGACGCUGGAUAAUGAGCCCAAAAGCAUUGAAGAUCUCCCCGAGUGGAACUUCGAUGGGUCCAGUACUUAUCAGGCGGAGGGCUCCAACAGCGACAUGUAUCUGAUUCCUGCGGCCAUGUUCCGGGAUCCCUUCCGCAAAGACCCCAACAAGCUGGUCCUGUGUGAAGUCCUCAAGUACAACCGCAAACCUGCAGAGACCAACCUUCGGCUCACAUGUAAGAAGGUGAUGGAGAUGGUGGACGAGCAGCAUCCUUGGUUCGGCAUGGAGCAGGAGUACACCAUCCUGGGCACAGACGGACACCCAUUCGGCUGGCCAUCCAACGGUUUCCCUGGACCACAGGGUCCAUACUACUGUGGCGUGGGAGCUGACAAAGCCUAUGGUAGAGAUAUAGUCGAGGCCCAUUACAGGGCUUGUCUGUAUGCUGGAGUCCAGAUUUGUGGCACAAACGCAGAAGUGAUGCCUGCUCAGUGGGAGUUCCAAGUUGGACCUUGCGAAGGAAUCAACAUGGGUGAUCAUCUGUGGGUGGCGCGCUUCAUCCUGCACCGUGUCUGUGAAGAUUUUGGCGUCGUGGCCUCAUUUGACCCCAAGCCAAUCCCUGGUAACUGGAACGGUGCUGGCUGCCACACAAACUUCAGCACAAAAGAGAUGAGGGAAGACGGCGGAUUGAAGGCCAUCGAGGACUCCAUCGAGAAGCUUGGGAAGAGGCACAGCUACCACAUUCGUGCCUACGACCCCAAAGGGGGGCUCGACAAUGCCCGCCGCCUCACCGGCCACCACGAAACCUCAAACAUCAACGAGUUCUCCGCCGGCGUGGCCAACCGCGGCGCCAGCAUCCGCAUUCCUCGUAACGUGGGCCAGGAGAAGAAGGGGUACUUUGAAGACCGCCGUCCUUCAGCCAACUGCGACCCGUACGCUGUGACCGAGGCCCUGAUCCGCACCUGUUUGCUGGCCGAGGAGGGAGACGAACCUGCGGAUUACUAAAUCCUCCACUCAUGGACUGACUCCCAACUGCCCUCUUGACUUUUCUUUAAACCUAGUACUGUAUUUUUAUUUUUCUCUCCCACUGAGAUGAUUUAACCCCUAUUUUUAAUGGUUUAAAGUUGGCUGGUCAACUUACAACAUGACAAGGCAAUGAUAUCCUUGGUAGUUAUGAGCUGGUGAUGGCAGGGUAUGUCUUUCCCGUCUUUAGAAGGGGAUCGGCUUUUCUAACAGUUUUAUAGCCCAUGUCGUAUCGUUCCCUUUCUGUCCGGUAACUAAAAAUUAACUAAAAGGAUAUGGACGCUGCAGAGUAGAGCUGCUAAGGCGGGACAGUAUGUGUAACUUAAUAAAUCUGACUAGUUCAUUUACUGUUAAUAUAUGUUGACCUGCCGUUAAGUAUCCAAGUCUUUGUUACUAAUUCUCUCAUUCUAUGAAGUGUCUAUUUUUUUUUUUUUUUAUUAUUAUUUUUUUUUUAAAUGGCAGCGUUUUGAUGUCUACACUGGGUCAACGUGUAUGGUACACUUUGUUAGAUGUCUGUACCCAGACGUGAGUUGUUCAAAUGUGGUGGAUCUGUCCAUAAUGCCAUUUGUAGAUUUUCCUCAAGGAGUUUUAUCCUUUUGUUAACUGCGAUAUUGUAAUGCACCUGAUUUGGUAAAACAUCCAGUUUACUGAACCUGGUGUUUUUUAUUGAUGCAUUUAAAACUUUUAUUUUUAUCACA